CAUUCUGAUUUGUGCAUUCCUCCUCCCCCCACCUUCCACCCUUCGAUCCCACGUCUUCUCCUCAACCUUUUUUCUCCUCUCCUCGAGAACCCCAAUCCAAACCUCCCAACCGCCAAAAAUCCUACGAAAAUAUAGCACAGAAAUAUCAUCUUGGCUCAGAUCGUGCUCGAGUGAGGAAGCCGUGAGUUUUGAGGGGACAACGCGGGAUCAUGGCGUCGUCACUGGCCGAGGAGGAGGAGGCCUUCGAGCACACGCUGCUGGUGGUGCGCGAGGUGUCAGUGUACAAGAUCCCGCCCCGCACCACCAGCGGCGGCUACAAGUGCGGCGAGUGGCUGCAGUCGGACAAGAUCUGGUCGGGCCGCCUCCGCGUGGUGUCCUGCGGUGACCGCUGCGAGAUCCGGCUCGAGGACCCGGCCACGGGGGAGCUCUUCGCCGCCUGCUUUGUGCUGCCGGGGCAGCGGGAGAGCGCCGUCGAGACCGUGCUCGACUCCUCCCGCUACUUCGUGCUCCGCAUCGAGGACGGCAGGGGGAAGCACGCCUUCGUCGGGCUCGGCUUUAACGAGCGCAACGAGGCGUUCGACUUUAACGUCGCCCUCUCCGACCACGAGAAGUACGUCAAGAGGGAGCAGGAGAAGGAGACCGCCGGCGCUGGCGGCGAGGAGACUGGCGGUGGCGAGAUUGAUAUACAUCCGGCCGUCAAUCGCCGACUCAAGGAGGGUGAAACCAUUAGGAUAACUGUAAAAAACAAGCCAUCAACUGGAAGUGGUAUGCUUUCAGCUGCUGGUUUAUCUGGAGGGACCACAGCAAAACCGAAGACAAGCAUGCUUCUUGCACCACCUCCAGGUGCAGCUGGGAAGCUUCGAUCUCCUCUUCCGCCUCCACCUAACGACCCUGCAGCUGCAAGGAUGAAUUCUGGACAUACUGCAGGAAUCAGGGCUCCAAAAGAACCCACGAAGAGAAAUAAUGAUCCUUUUUCAGAUCUUUCUGCUAUAAAGCAAAAUCUACCUUCAUCGGCUGAACCCGGACAAACAAAGAGCACAGGAGCUGGAUGGGCAGCAUUCUAAUGAUGGAUGCAUGAUCUAUUGUUUGUUUAUCUGAAGAAGGGGAAUGGGUAGCUGAAGUACUGAACAAGACUUUGAUCUGGCCUGCGAAAUUGAAUGGUUAAAAAUGACUGAUCAGCGUUCCAGUUCCAGUUGUCAACCGAGAAAUAAAACAUUUUCCAGAGUUGUGUUACCCAUCUCGCCACAUGAAUGGAUGUUCAGAAUAUCUGGAUAUAGAUACAGCUCCCUUCUUGAUUAUCUUAUUCGUGCUAUGUUUCACAAACCAAUACCAGAAUCAUACUGACCUCGAUGUGUAUGUUCCGGCGAAAGAUUGAAAAUACUGUUACAAGUGCGGCAAAAGAAUGUUUGCAGUAUUCAGUCA